UUUCAAACCUAAAUCACUCAAAGCUUUGCGGAGCCGCACCACUGUUUAAGAAAAGAUCCAGGGCUGUCGUGGUAAACUGUGUGUCGCCGCUCAAACCUUUUGGCGAUAUCGUUCUAUAAACCAGCUACUACAUCAUGAGCUCUGCCAAACAAAGCGCUGAGGAGCUUAUAGCGGCUCUCCAGAAGGGCGAGGCCAUGCUAGACCAAAUUGCGCACAAGCUCGAGGAGGAGGCGGAACGUCGUUUCUCGAGGGCAGGCGAGAUUAACCCAGUGCUCCUAGCCAAACGCGUGCGCAAGCUAGCAAGUGAGAUGCCAGAGCUACAGGCAGCGUGCCGCGAUCUGCUGAGCUCCAAGCAGGGCCUCGUAGACGCGGCACAGCGGCAACUGGCAGCCAACUACAUGCGGCUGCAGCAGCUGUGCGCCGCAGCCGGUGCGCCACCGCCUGAUGACGCCAGCUUCCGCUCUUUUCAGAGCUCCGUGGGGGAGUGGAGUUCUAUGCUUCACCACCACAGCGCUGCGGGCCAGCAGAUGUCACGGCAAGACCUCAAUGCCGCAUUGGCACGGGUCGCGACGUCGCACGUGUAGGUGCCUGUCAGUGGAGCGGCCCGGGCCGUGUAAGUACAGCUUCAUCUCAACACAAUGUGCUGGGCAGCGCAGCAUAGGUCAGGCCCAGAAGCGUGCCGUGGCCGCGGCGCCCGUUGAGGUGAUGCCGUAGAUGCGCGGCUGGAGCAGGAGGAGAAAGGAUGUUGCCCAGUCGAAGUAGUCCGCAGAGCAAGAGACUGUGCUGCUUGGGCUGCCUUCACGGGGGCUGUGAAUCGCUCCAGGACAGAGCGUGAUCGGGGUGCGGAGACGCGGAGUGAAGCAUCAUGAUGCAUGACUUGCGCCUCGUGCAUGCGCGACGCAAAAUCUAUUUGUCGUGGAUGGAUGGGUGUUAGGCAUCAAUAAAACAAGGGGCCCAAUGGUCGCAUGUGUCUGCACCCUAGAGCGUCGGAGGUGGCAGAGCUACGGACAGCGUCUCAAGUCAUAAGCCAGGGUCUGUGUCUGACAGUAGCGCUCGAUGGACCUUUUGCUGCAAGGGUGCGGGGCCUAGGGGCGGCAUGCACGCGCAGUACGGAGGUGCCGGGCAAGGCCAUGUGGAGUAAGAGAGCCCAGACAAAAGCGGGGCCUGAGCACGCUGGUUGAGACCGCUCAGCGGCCUAGCCGCCAUGGGUUCCCCCGGUCAGGACCCUGGCAGACCGGUGCCGGGAGUGGCACACGCUUAUAUCAUGAAAGCAGGGACCUGGCGGACACAAGCAAUGUUGGCGUACGUGCUACGUGCUUUCGGGACCGCUGGGAGUUGGCAUGCUACGGCACCAAUGUAUGGCCUCGUGAUGCAUGACGGCACGGCCACGCGUACGGCAGAUACUUCUUUGCAAGAUCGGCUGUAAACGGUAUAGGAA